UUAUAAAUUUGAAAAGUGGUAAUGGUAACGGUGUUGUAUGCGUGUAAUUGUGUGCCUUUUUCCCGUUUACGUCUGUUAGUAGUGUGAUUUGAAAUUUUUUUGUUUGACAAAAUUUUUUUUGUUCACACUACUAACAGAAUGGAGGAAUACGACAGUCUGGUAUUGAGGGAAGCUUCCUUUUUGAGGGCUCGAGACCCAAGCAUCUUGGCUUUCAAUCGACCUUUAAUUCCGGGCCCCAGGACGAAUUUAGAUAAGGAAUUCGGUGAAGAAACUUCUCAAGGCGACGACCAGGUAAAAACUCCAGGAAAUAUUCGCGUAUUUUUGCGUUUAAAAGACGGCCAUGAUCUUCAGGACUUGUACCAAAUUGAUGGGAACGUCCUCACUUCAAAGGUCCCUCCCGGCUCGAAUUUCCUGAGGAACAUUAAAGAAGAAAACUCGUUGAAUAAAAUGUACACAUUUACAAGAAUAUUUGACCCCCAAACAACCCAAAGAGAUGUCUUCAAUUGUGUUGUGAAACCUAAAAUUUUUGGUUUUAUAAAUGGCAAAAACUCGACCCUUUUUACGUAUGGCGCUUCAGGCUCUGGAAAGACUUUUACUGUAACUGGCACACAGGAAAAACCAGGGAUAGUUCCACGGUCUUUGGACUAUCUCUUCCGCAGUUUGCCCCGAUUGCCCAGUAAUCCUCCUGCAAAGCCAACACCUGCAGGAACUGUAAAACCAUUAAGUGAGUCCGAGUCUAAGAAGGAAAAAUUGCUCUGCAAACAUCUUCUUGAUUCGUCUUUAGGGUCGGGAGAUCGGACCCAACAAGUUGUGAUGACCUACCGGGCAAUGCAGCAAAGACUCAGUAAUGAACCCGUUGCUUUACUGGAAGGCCUCGACGAACUGUCAUCGAUCACCAUUUGGAUUUCUUACGCUGAAAUAUAUAACGAACAAAUCUACGAUUUGCUGGAACCAAAGCCGUCCCAAGACAAACAGCGAACCAGAUUGCAUCUUGGGAUGUCCAACGGUAAAGCUUACAUCAAAAACUUGAGCAGCGUUAAUGUAACAUCGCCAGAAGAAGCUUACCAAAUCCUCCAAUACGGCAUAAAUAACCUAAACUACGCUUCGACUCAAGUAAACAAACAUUCUAGUCGCUCUCACUCGAUUUUAACGAUAAAAUUAGUGCAAAUAUCGCGAACAGAUGGCAGUUGUUUCGUCAAUUGUUUCAAUUUUUGCGAUCUUGCUGGUUCUGAACGCAGCAAGAAAACAUUGAAUGUAGGAGAUCGACUUAAAGAAUCAAACAACAUCAAUACCUCGUUGUUAGUUUUGGGUCGAUGUAUUUCAGCGGUGCGAAACUCCCAGAAAGCAAAUGAUAACAAGUUGGUGCCUUUUAGAGAAUCGAAGUUGACUCAAUUGUUUCAAAAUGCUCUUUCUGGAUUUGAAGAUAUCGCGAUGAUCGUGACUAUAAACCCAUCGCGAGAAAUGUUCGACGAGUCACAACACGUGCUUAAGUUUUCGGCCCUCGCUAGCGAUAUAAGAGUCGUCGAACGUAGACCAGAAGGAGGGACAACAAAGAAUAAUAAAAAUCCGCCAGCCGAGAGCUUAAGUGGAGAUUAUAGCACCGAAGAACUCUACAACAUGAUUUUAUCGUUGCAAACGGAACUAGAAAUUCAAAAGAAUGAAUACGAAACGAACCUGAAAAUUGAAAGGCAGUAUUUGAUUGAUGGCUACGAUGAAAUCCUUCAAGAUCAGAAAAACAAUGCCGAGCAGCAAGUCAAAACUGCUGAAGAAACUGUUAGAAGGCGUUACGAAGAGAAAUUGAAGAAUUUACAGGCGCAUUAUGAGGAAAAAAUAAAAAAGUUGGAAAGCCAGAUUGUUAUUGAAUUAAGUUCAUCUUCAGACGAGGAACUUUCAUUUGAAGAUAAGAAAUUAACGAGCAGUGCGCCGGAGACAACUGUGAGUGAAUCUGCCAACUUUGAAAGCUAUAGGGUAGUUGAGGAACUCCGAACUGAAAACACUAAAUUAAAAGAAAGAAUAAAAGAACUGGAGAGUGAACUCGAAAAGUAUAGACAGCAGGGCGUUCGGACGCCAAUUGAGGAAUUUCAAAUGUCGUCGGACACUUAUAAUGACGUUUUAAAUCUAUGGAGUCCUAUUUGAAGUUUUUACAAAUUAAUUUUAUUGUUUCAUAUUUUAUAGUUGUGCCAUUGUUUGUUAGGGUACUAAUUAAAAUAUAUAUUUUUAUCUUA